AACUUACAGAAGAAUGGCAUGAAGUAUGAUACAUUUGUGAAACAAGCAAUUGAAACCGACAUUUCUCGCCUCUUCGUGUCUAUACUUCUCUGUCGGAACUCGUUAAAUAUUUCCCAUUAAUUUCGAAUCGAAGUAAACACUAUUUUCAAUAAUAUGUCUUUCUUGCAAAGUUUCUUUAACAAUCUGAUCCCAGUUGUGAAAGCAGACGACGAGGAGCUGGUUGAUCCUCAGAAAGUUCUUCGUGAACAAUGUGCCAUAAAAGCUAAAUGCCAUACUAUGAAAGAAAAACUUGACACAUGUAACGACCGUGUCAAUUCGAGGACUGAAACGCAAGAAACAUGUCUCGAAGAAUUAAUCGAUUAUGUAGAAUGCGUAGAUCACUGUGUCGCGGAAACGCUUUUUAGCAAGCUCAAAUAAGAUCAUACUUUCAUUAAACGUGGGUGAUCUAUAUUAAGAGGUGUCAUAAAUUAAUUUCAUGCAUUAUAGAUGUACAAUUAACAUUAGGAAUAAACGAUA